GGAGGGGGAGCCGCGCCGGGAGCCGCUUUUCGGCUUCGCCCCGAUUCCGUUUCAUCGCCCCCCGCCGCCGCCGCCGCCUCCUCCUCCUCCUCCUCCUCCUCCUCUCUGCCUGCCCGCCGGGGGGUUGGUUCUCGCCUCGCCUCCCCUCCCCGCGGGGCGCAGGGAGGGAGCCCGCCCGCCCGCCCGGGAUGCCAUGGCUCCGCCGGGCUGCGCGCUGCCCGCCCGCCCGCUGCCGCUGCUGCUGCUGCCGCUGCUGCUCGGCUGCCGCGGAGAUUUUGGUCGUUCCACGGAGCUGGCGUUCGUCGUGGAGCCGAGCGAUGACAUAGCCGUGCAGGAGCAGCCCCUGAUCCUCUACUGCCAGGUGGAGGGCAUCCAGCCCAUCACCAUCACGUGGCGCAAGAACGGCGUGAUGAUCGUGGACAGCGAGAACGCCUUCAUGUUGGCCAACGGGUCGCUCUACGUCUCCCGCUUCCAGAGGGUCCGGGGAGACGGGUCCUCGGAUGAAGGCGAAUAUGACUGCGUGGCCCAAAACCACUACGGGUUGGUGGUCAGCCGAAAGGCGAAGAUCCAGGCAGCGACGAUGUCCGACUUCCACAUCCACCCUCAAAAUGCGGUUGUGGAAGAAGGAGGCGUUGCGAGGUUCCAGUGCCAGAUCCAUGGCUUGCCUGAGCCGGUCAUCCUCUGGCAAAAAAACCGCGUGCCGGUCAACACAGACAACGAAAGGUACACGCUGCUUCCGAAGGGAGUCCUCCAGAUCACCGGGCUGAGGGCAGAAGACAGUGGGAUUUUUCACUGUGUUGCUACCAACAUUGCUAAUGUGAAGUUCAGCCGGGAGGCCAGACUCACUGUGUCAGGCUCCCACUCUACCGCUUACAAGGAUCCCAUGAUUCUCGUUGGUCCGGAGAACCUGACGCUGACGGUGCACCAGACCGCGGUGCUGGAGUGCAUCGCAACGGGCAACCCCCGGCCCAUCGUCUCCUGGAGCCGCCUGGACGGCCGCCCCAUUGGCGUGGAGGGGAUCCAGGUGCUGGGGACGGGAAAUCUCAUGAUCUCGGACGUCACCGUGCAGCACUCCGGCAUCUACGUGUGCGCGGCGAACAAGCCCGGCACGCGCGUGCGCAGGACUGCCCAGGGCAGGCUCGUCGUGCAAGCCCCCGCGGAGUUCGUGCAGCAUCCCCAGUCCAUUUCCCGGCCCGUGGGGACGACUGCCAUCUUCACGUGUGUGGCCCAAGGGGAGCCCCCGCCGCAGAUCACGUGGCUGAAGAACGGGCAGAUCCUGGAGACGAGCGACCACAUUAAGCUGAAGAACAACAACAGCACUCUCACCAUCUACGGGAUCAACCAGGCCGAUGAAGCCAUCUACCAGUGCAUCGCCGAGAACAGCGCUGGCUCCACGCAAGCCAGCGCUCGCCUGACGGUCCUGUGGGCGGACGGUCUGCCCGGGCCGCCGCAGAGCGUCAGGGCCGAGACGGUCUCCGCAACCACCAUCCAGGUGUCUUGGAAAGAGCCUCUGCAGAACACCAAGGAGAUCAUCGGCUACGUGCUGCACAUCCGGAAAGCUGCAGAUCCCGUGGAGAUGGAGUAUCAGGAGGCCGUUAGCAAGAGCACGUUCCAGCAGCUCGUGACUGAUUUAGAGCCUUCGACCAGCUACAGCUUCUAUAUAAAGGCUUACACCUCCCGGGGGGCCAGCAAGGCCUCGGAAGUCACAGUGGUGAGCACGCUAGGAGAAGUCCCAGCGAUGCCGUCCCUCUUCAUCAAGGUCGUCAACAGCACCACCGUCCAGGCCACCUGGGAGCCCUCCAUCAAGCUGGGCCAGCACGAAGGCUUCAAACUCUUCUAUCGCAAAGUCCACCUCUCGCAGUACACCGGCCCGGUGGUGCUGCCCAGCGACGUGACGGCGUACAACAUCACCCACCUGGAUGCGUCGGUGGUGUACGAAGUCAAACUGCUCGCCUAUAACCAGCACGGGGAUGGCAACGCGACCGUCCGCUUUGUGUCCUUGCGGGAAACCGUGGAAAGGACAGUGCUGAACCCCCCCUGCGACUGCAUGAAGGACGAGCAGACCAACAAAACCUCUGCGACCGGCAUCAUCAUCGGGAUCCACAUCGGCGUCACCUGCAUCAUCUUCUGCGUCCUUUUCCUCAUGUUUGGCUACAGGGGACGGCUGCUGAUGUGCAAGAACGUGCAGGAGCAGCUGGCAACCCCGCAGGUGCCCCGGAGCCAGAGGAGCGCCGCGGGCCUCGCGCCCAACGGGGCCGCUCGCCGGGAGCGCGACGAGCGGGGCCCGGACGCCAAGCGGCUGGAUCUCAACGAGCUGGAGAGGUUGUUCCCGGCGCGACCGGCCCGCGAGCAGCAGGACGACGAAACAGCGCCAGCCCCGGGCUCGCCUGCACCCCGCGACGAGACCCCGCUGCCGCUCGAGGCGUUCAGCGUUAUCGAGGAGGCGGCGCCGGCCCCCGCUGCCGGCCACGGUCCCGCCAGCGACGGAUAAACCGCCCCGGCUCGAGCGCUUUCGUGGGAGCUGCCAGGAGCCCGAGCCGCGGCGGGUGACGUCUGUACCACGCUCCGUCUAUCUCAGGUCAAUUUAAGAUUUCUACGGUCUGAUUGUUAUUUUUUUGUUUUGCUUUAUUUUUAUAUAUAUAUAUAAAUAUACAUAUAUAUAUAUAUAUACACAUAUACACACACACAGCCUUUUGGAAACUCUGUGAAGUCGAUCUUUCGGGCCUCUGUGUGCUUCUCUCGGUGGCUGCGUCGCCGAGACGGGUCCCGGGGGAUUUUCCCACGGCCGCUAGGUAAAAGCCGCCUCGGCCGCGUCGGCGAACUCUCCCGUCUCCGGCAGAUCGGGAAGGCGGUGAGCCUUGGUCUCCUGGCGUCACGGACUUCUUCCUGACGGGCAGCUUUCGGACUCCUUUUUGGAUCUAUUUUUUAUUUCGAGAAGGCUGGAUUUGGAGAAGUCCUUCUCGCUUGACUCCAAAAAUUGAGGCCUGGGAAGGCCGUGUCUCCAUGGAUUUGGUGGUUUGUGUUUUUUUUGUUUUUUUGUACACUUUCUCUAUUUCUCAGGAUACUUUUUUGCUGAUUGACUCUAAAUACGAAGAAAAAAACAAAAGGAAAAAAGAGUGUGUGUCAAAGGCGGCCUGCCUGCGGGCUACUGAAAGACUUGGCCACCCAACCCGAGUGAACCCGAACCUACCUCAACCGGAAUGAAUGUCUUCUGGGAAGCAGAAGUAUCUGCGUCUUCCUUCGUGUUCAGCAACAAGUAGCGUAGCGCUUGGUCAGUACGAGCUGGUCCUACCUCAGCAGUCGCGCUCGGUACCUGCCGCGUCCUCGUCUUUGUCGUCGUCCUCGUCGUCCCCGUGUGAAGCACUUCCAAACCUUGAAAGCAAUGUUCUACCUCAGGCGCGACAGGGCCUCGCGCGCCGCCCGCCUCUCCCAGCACACCCCGCGCGGGGCACGGCGUUAUGAGCUUUAUCUGAGGCACGUGGCGGCGCGCGCCAGAGUCGUACCUUUUCCUUUUUCUUUUAUUAAUCCUUUGAAGACUGUCGGGGUGCUGGUGCCCCCGAUUCCCGGCCGCCCGCGAUGCUGACCGCCGGGGCAACGCGGCGGUUCGAGCUCUUGGUGUAAGUGGCGGUGAAGCUCGUGUCACCCACGUCAAGAGUCAGGAGAGGAAAUGGGAUGAAGUUUAAAGCAUAAUAAUUGUAUUUUUUUAAGUGGUACCAGUGGGAGAGUCCCCCCGGUCAGAAACGGCCCCCGUCACCGUCACGUCUUGCAAGGGGCUGCUGCGGAGAGCGGCGUAAACAACGCGAUGUCCCAGCCGGCGAGGCGAGCCCAGGAUCCCUCCAGGGUCCCCCCAGGAUCCAGGGUCCCUCCGGCCUGCCGGCCCCGGCAUUUCUGGAUGUGGGAAUAGGCUGUGGAGGGAGCCGGCAAUGCCAGGGGAUGCCGGCCUCGGGAGUGAGGAGGAGGAGGAGGAGGAGGAGGUGCCCCACGGCUUGAAGGUGGAGAACAUGCGCAGCUCCUCCUGGCCUUUGAGGGCCAAAAAGGGAUCAAAUUCAGCAGAUUCAAGGGCUUUCAUUUCACUCAGACGCAUGUUCUCGCCCUAAUUCUCCAGCGCUUAUUCAGAAAAGCCCAACUGGCCAAAAGCAUCCAAAUUUCACCAAGUUUGGUCUAGCGCUGCAGGGCUAGCGCCCGGUCGGCAUUUCGCUGCCAAGAGGCAGUGAAAUCAGGGCUGCGGUUAGUCGUCAUCUCCCCGUCCGCCGGGUUGUGACCUCGGAUCAAAGCGAGUCUAAACCUCCUCCUCCCGCCCUGCUCCCUGCCCUGCCGCGCUUUCAUUUGUGUUGGGUUUUCCGUGUAACGCUGACGUUCACAUUGAAUAAGUACUGUUGCCAAAGUGAACACAUGACUUCUUAGACUAGCUUUCGGCUCAGAAAUCCUGCAGCUGUGAACACGCUAUUAAUUUAAUAUCAUAUUAUUGUGAUAUUGUAAUAGUAACAAGUAUUUGUCACUACUUCCUUUUAUUAAAGGGACAUGCUGUGCCAUUUGACUAGGUGAAAUAUGAUAGUACGUCAAGAAUAGAUUUUUUUCUUUAAAUAAUUAUGCAGAAAUGCGAUGGCGCAAACCAAUGCAGCCUGCGUGUUGGUUUGAGACGGUUGAAGAUGGAUGUGAAUCUUUAAAGACUCUUUUUAGACGUUUAGCUUUUCCUCUUUUUGGGGUUUCUUUUACGCUCUUGUCAAUCCGUACCGUUGGGACCUACCCAUGGAAGCCUGCGGCAGGCCAGCCUCCAAAGUCUGGAGCUUCGGCAGGACGAUGAGACCUUACCUGAUCUCUCAAGGCCUCCCACGGCCACAGGGUUGGGCGGAAAAGCUUGGGACAGCAAGUGGGGUCUGUGCCGCGGAGCAGCCGAUCUCGGGGGUCACCGGGGCCUCGGUUCCCGAGCCCGCACCGAGCGCAGAAACACAGAGCUGUGCCAGAAAACCCCCACGUGGGGCAAGCUUGCCUGGAGUUUGGGUUUUAAUCUGUAAACCAAGAAGGAAAGAAAACAAAGAGUUUGGCUUUAAUUGACGUUUCGGGCGCAGAUGUAAAUCUGUCCGUAAUCGAUCCAACCUGUUGCCCUGGCUCUGCUGGGCAUCGCGGGAGCACGACUGCGCUGGGGGGGCCGCGGGGCUGCGGGUCCCGGUGCCCCCAGGGACCCAGCUGGGCUUCCGCACGCGGCCGUAGGGCCUGGCCGCGUCUUCGCUGAGCACUUACUCGUUUUUACAUAAUCAGAGGUUUCUUCAUAGGAAUCGCCUUCAGGCUGGGGCCGGGCCGUUGGAGGGUUUCCGCCCUGGAAACCUGGCCCGGGCUUCCCGAGCUGCGGGAGAAAGCCUGAACUGGGAUGCUUUGGGGGCUUUGGGACGUGCCGUACCAAAGGUAUCCGUGCUGCGGCUGAAGCUCCCCGCCGGGAUCGCAGCGGGCGAACGGCCAAACCCAACAGGCGCUUCCCGCCGUGUCGCUGGUCUCCACCCUCAUGGGCCAUGGAUACACCUCGAGCACUUAAGCAAAAGCUUCCCAGAUUUCUUAUUCUUUCCCCCCCCCCCCCUUUUAGUUGGGAGGAAUCAAAGUGUUGCAUCUGAGGACAAAAUAUUGCUGAUUAAUGGGCAAAUGCUGGAUCUCAUGCAGGCUGCCGGGAGCCACUGAAGUUCGGGAUAGGGCUCUUGUCCUGCAGUAUUUUUCCAAGGGAAUAAUCCCGUUGAUUCAGCUGGCCGCCCUUUCUGGGCAGCUCCAAAACCUUCUUGCUUUUCUGGCUGUGGUGAGAUGAACUUGCAGCAAGGACUAGAGUAGCCAAAAGCUGAUUUUGGUAACCCAUAAUGGGCACAACCUCUUCUUGGAGGUCUCACGUUUACCGGAGAUGGCUGCUACCUCAGGGAUAGUAUCCACGUUAUGUUUAGUUGAACAGGGACUAGUUUUAUGCUGUGACAGGGUAUUUUCACGCUGUUGGAUUCAGGUAUUUAUUUGUGUAACGUACUUCUUCCUUGUUUUGUAAAGAUGCUGACGUGUUUAAGUGCUAGGCCAGUUUGGGGAACUGAAAAGCUUCCACCCAAAAUCGCAUGGGAUGAGGACUGUACGUUUUAAGUUGGCAAUAAAAGCAAAGGAAGGCUGCGAAGCGCUGGCGCGUGGGGGAGAUCUCCUGCUUAGGGGCCGGCCCCUUGCCCUGCCGUUCCUCCGGGAUAACCGGCCACGGCGGGCAGGGCGUUUCGGGACGUGUCCGGAGGGCGAACGGCCGUGGCGGCAGUUCCCGCGCUGGGUUUAUGCUCGUGUAGGUGAGCGGCGGAUGAUGGUGUGUAAAAACAAAGCGAAGCAUCACGUCAUCCUCCUCCUGGGUCCCUUCGUGGCUUGAUGACCCGGUCCAGGCUCAGUGCUGUGCGCAGACCCGAGGCACCGGCAGGGAGGGGAUGGACGGGAGCAGCGCGUGAAGGCUGCACUGAAGUCGGGGGUUUCCUCCACCCCGCGUUGACCCACCGGCUUCAGCCUGGCUGCAACAGCCGCGACUGCUCCGUGUGUCCGUCCCGGCCAGGCUUUCCGCCCCGCUGCUCCCAUUUCCCUCUUCCAGCACCGCGGGAAAGAGCCGGCUCCCGCGCCAUGCCGCCGCCAGCUCCAUGCCGGCACUUCCCCAUGCGGUGGAAAACAGCCGGGGCAAAGCCUCCGUCCGCUUCCCACAAUUUUUUUUUUAAGCUAUUUAAGCAGCGAGAAGCCCAAAGUUGGCAGCGCUUAGGGGCGAGGCGGUGUCUGUGUGCGGGCACGUCUAGGACCGGGGCGGAGGAGGGCUGCCGCGGGGACGGGCAGCGAGGUGCCCUCUGAGCUGCCCGACAGCCCCUCAGCCCGGGAAGAGCAGGAAAAAAGGAAAUUAAAAGCCUACGAAAACAAACGGCAGCGGCACGGGGCGGGGAAAGCACUCGCUUCGGCUGCUUCCUUCAUCCGUGCAAACACUGUUUGGAAAUAAAUCCCUCCCCGUGCAGGGCCCUUGAAGGCAGGUUGAAGAUCGUAUCUAGCAACUCGAUGCCUGCUAAUUUAUUAUCCUCACCCACCAAAUCAAAAAUAUAAAAGAGGAAGGCGAGGCGCGUGGGCUGCUUGCAGCCCGGGCUGUUUCCGCGCCGGCUUCGGAGCAUCCUCGGCUCUGCCCGUGCGGGGCCACGGGCCCCUCUCGGUUACAGCCGCCCAAAUCCGCCGUAACUGUGCAAAUCGGCGAAAUGACUCUGGGUUUAGGCCAGCGUAAAUGAGAGGGGCCGCGGGGCCGGUUCAAAGCCCGGGGAGUCAGGGAAAGGCCGGAUUUCACGGGGCUUUGGAGCGGGGUCUCGCUUACAAAGCAAAGAGGGAUUUUUUUGCUUUGAUCGUCUUUACAGCGUUUAAACUCGCAAUAUCGUUACGUUUGUAAUAAAGUAAUAAUAAAGGCGAUGAAACUUUGUCCCAGUCCUCUUCGGGAAUCAGCCGUUAAAGUAAUACGAAAAACCCAAAUUGCGAAGCACUUUUCUACUGUUUGUUUUCUACCUUUCUUACUUUGAACUGUCUCGAUAUUUGAAAUCCCACUGAUCCUAUGAUUGUUAGCUCUGUAUAAAAGAAAAAAAGGAAUUAAAAACAGUUUUUUUGUAGUUUGCUCUGUUUAGAUUUUAGCCUGUGGCUACUUGUACAAGGAAAAAUAAAAACUAGAAUAAAUUAGCUCCAGCUCUUUG